AGCAGCCGCUCACUCAUCUUCCCCUGAAACAUUAAGCAGCGCUAUUGUUAAUAGACACAUGUAGGCUGUUCCCUGGGAAUGCAGCGUCCUGACUGAAUUAUUUAAACUUUGAGCUGCAGCGAGAAGCACAGCCAUAUCCCGAGAGAGCCGUAUCCCGAGAGAGCCUUGCCGCUCGCCUAUCCACCUCUCUCCCCUCAGCAAGUUCAGCGGCCGGGGAAACAGCAGCGCUCGCAUGUGCCCGGCCAAUUGUUUUCGGCGCGACUUGCAGAACUGGUUCUACUAAGGAGCAGGAUCUGGGCUGCUCUGGCUGGGAGCCCUGUGUCUCUGCUGCCUUUGUUUCUGACAGCUCGGUUAUUAAACUAGAGGUCGGCGGGGAGAGACUAUAAAUAGUGGCCGGCCGGAGGGGCUUCUCUGGUGUAGGAGCGCAGGUUACUGAGACACCGACCCACUGCCCAUGGAAAUGGUGGUCAUGACGGAGCCGAGCUGCGAGCCUCAGGAGCCAAUAGGUCUCUCCGGCAAAGAAAACAGAGCAGCUUACUUAGUGACCAGAAUCUAUGAAUCUGACCAAGCCAUUGACAUGCAGCAGGAACUAAAGCGUGAAAGAAAGAAAACGACUUCUGGGCAGUUUUCAAAGUCAAAUGCGCAGUUCCACAAGCUGUUUAAGGAUGUCCCCAAGGAGGAGCCUCUUAUUGAAAGUUUUACCUGUGCUUUACAAAAGGACCUCUUAUACCAAGGGAAAUUAUACAUUUCAGCAAACUGGGUUUGUUUCCAUUCAAAGGUUUUCGGAAAGGACACAAAGAUUGCCAUUCCUGUGCUCACCAUAACUCUCAUCAAGAAAACCAAAACUGCACUUCUUGUUCCAAAUGCAUUAGUGGUCUCUACAAUCACAGAAAGAUUUAUAUUCGUGUCUUUGUUAUCACGAGAUACAACAUACAAGUUAUUGAAAUCCAUCUGCGGUCAUUUGGAGCUGGGUGGAAGCACAGGAAAUAGUCCAAAUCCUUCUCCAAUUGAUCAAAGUUUCAGAACAGACCGUCCCAAUUCAUUUCCCCUUGAUUUUAAUGUAGACUUUUCAGAACUAGAUGGCUUGGUGCGACAAAGGAGAAAUGAUAUUGAAGACUGCAGCAGUACAGGUUCCCAGAGUGCAGAGUCGGAAAAUUCACAAGAAUUCCAUCAGCCUCAGAAUGUAGCAAAAUCCCAGCAAGCGCUAAACCAGAGUGAUAUGUUCACAAUCCGAACACAAGAGAGAACUGGUGUAACUGAACAUAGGAAAGGUCCUUGGCAGUUCUUGGCAUGUGUGAAUAUUUGGAAGAUGUUGUCAAUGAAUGCCCUGCUACUUAUCUAUGCAGUUAUUGUGUGCCUUCUGCUUUUUUCAACUUUAUAUAUGCAUUCAAGAAUUGAGCAUUUGGAAGAGAGGCUGUCAUUAUCGGGAUCCAUUAAAGGUUCUCCAUUAAAUCUAUGGUCUCUAGAAAAAGCUAUGGAAGGCUGGCCUAUCAAUAUUAACGCCAUAUGUGGUGAAUUAACAGACAAUCUCGAAAAACUAGACAAGAUCCAAAGGAAUCUACAAAAACUUCUGGAAGAUUCUGAAUAGCUUGAUGAACUUAAAGAUGGAUGAACCUUUAGACAAAGUCAGCAUUGCCCCCAGGAGCCUUUAGCUAAGCCUCUGCUGGACAGGGGCCUUACUACUGAAUCUGUUCAGGAGCUUCUAGCUUCUAUCUCAGGAAGAUUUGUUCAGUAGAUUAAAGGAUUGCUAGCUCACUAUCAGAAGAAAUAUAUUUCAAUUCACUGUGAAGAUAAUGGACUUGAUAUUUUGCACAUGGCUAAUUCAUAAGAAACACUCCAUUUUGUAUGUGUUAUUUAUCUUUAGUGGUUGGUGUAAGCCAAAAAUUAUGCUUUUGUUCUUUGUGUACAUUUGUGUGUCUUGUGUACCUUUUCAGGCCAAAAAUGGGCAUUCUGUACCUCUAUAGGGUAGUGUAGAAGUUUGAGGGGGCUGUCCCCUUGCUGUGAAUGUUUAAAAAAGACAAUUAUUAAAACUUGCAUCAUAGAACAAGGUGAGAAUAUAUCUGGCCUCAUUCCACUGCUUACAUAUGGUUUCUGUGACUACAGGUUUUGCACACUAAAUAGGGUGACUAAAUACACUAUAUCAAUAGUUUCACCAAAACAUUUCAUUGUGGGUUCUUCCUUUUCAUUUUUCAUGUGUCCACGCCGUACUGUUACAGCAAAGCUGAUUUUGUGUGGCUUUUUUAUACAAUGUUAAUAUAUUUUGAGAUAUAAAGUUUUCAGCACUUUUUGUAUGUAUAUAUAUAUCCAUGACAAUGUCUGCAAAGUUUGCUCCAGUUAUAGUAAUCUGCUAGCUAAGUGACAAUCCACUAGCUGCCGUGGGAUACUAGACCUAUGGUUAUGACAUUACCCCCAUCUAUUUUUGCUACAGCUGGGAGUUCUUUGUGUUUGACUUGCAGUUCCCUGCUUCACUGUCUUACUUGUGUGGCUUCUAAAGUCCGUUAUACUGUUUAGCUCCAAUUAUUUAAUCCUUGUUAGCGUUAUCGUUGCUUUUCUAAGAUUAAAUUGUAUUGGAGUUUAUUUUUUUCAUGAAAAUGUCAUUUAUUGCUUAGAACGUGGGGGCAGGGCAUUCUGUAUAAAUGGUGCAUAAUUUCAAAUGAUGUUCCUAGCACAGAAAAUAAAAAUUAAAAAAAAAAAAAAGGCAAGUGGUACAUAUCCAAGAUAAUUCUUAAAAGAACAAUACAACAAAACAUUUAUUAAAUGCCUUUUUAAAACAACACAUCCCAAAGAAUGAAUAUAUUGCUUUUUUAAGGCAUGAACUGUGCUGUGCAGGAACAAUGUUGGUUCAGUAUAAAUGUUUCCCAAGACUUUUUAACCAUUUCUGUGAAAUGUAUGUCAGAUUGCUACUUUGUUAAAUAAACUUAAAUUAUCUGAGA